ACACAAUAGCAACACUACUAUCAAUUUUCGUCACUCGCCGCCAUUUACCAAGGCACGUCUUUGUUCAGACUUCACAGAUUUUUUUUUAAAUUUAACAUAAAUUAUAAACAGCUUUACAGUCUUGAUUUUCAACUUACGACGAUGGAUGAUGAAUGGGAUGAUUCCUGUGAUAUUGUGGUACAACCGCCUCCGACUAUAAACAGCUAUGCUGACAAUAAUGUGGACGAAGGUCACAGCUUGUCCAGGGGCAGAGGGUUUCCUUCUUUUAUAGAAGACAAUGAGGACUUUAAUAAAGGGGACAGUAAUGGGUUCGAGCGUCGAGGCCGCGGCGGAAGAGGAGGUCGUGGUCGAGGAGGGCGCGGGGGACGCGGUGGGAAUCGCGACCGUGGUGACUAUGAAAAUGGUGGUGAUAAUUAUGAUAAUGGAGAGAGGGGUGAUCGACAUGAAAGAGGUGAACGAGGGAGAGGAAGAGGUAGGGGGCGUGGAGGGAGAGGAGGUGGUCCUCGGCCCAACGGUGGUGGAGAGGGUGAGCCUACAGAGGGAGGGGAAGAUGAGGCUAAGAAAGCCCCAGUAACAUAUGUACCGCCGGAACCUACAGAAGUUGAGGAGGAAAUAUUCAGCAGUACAAUCAGCUCCGGAAUCAACUUUGAUAAAUUCGAUUGUAUAGCCGUAAAGGUGACUGGAGAGAAUCCUCCCCGAGCGAUUGACAGUUUCGAAACGGCAAAUCUUCGAAAAUACGUGCUGGAUAACAUUCUCAAGUCAGGGUACAGAAAACCAACUCCCAUUCAAAAACACGCUAUCCCCAUCAUAAUGGGCGGAAGAGAUUUAAUGGGAUGCGCGCAGACUGGAUCGGGAAAGACUGCGGCAUUCCUUCUUCCGAUUAUUAAUACACUCUUGCAAGAUCCUCGUGAAUUGGUCACCGGACCUAAUGGAUGCGCACAACCACAAGUCGUAAUAGUGGCACCUACGCGCGAAUUAACACUACAGAUAUUCAAUGAAGCCAGGAAAUUUUCAUAUGGUUCGGUUUUGAAAAUAGCCGUAGCAUAUGGUGGUACCGCAGUACGACACCAAGGCGAUAAUAUUGCUCGAGGCUGUCACAUAUUGGUAGCAACGCCGGGACGACUUCAUGAUUUUGUUGAUCGCAACCGCGUAUCGUUCGAUGGGAUACGAUUUGUAGUGCUUGAUGAGGCAGAUCGUAUGCUUGACAUGGGUUUCAUGCCUAGUGUGGAGAAGAUGAUGGACCAUCCUACUAUGGUAUCUUUAACUGAACGACAAACGCUGAUGUUCUCAGCUACUUUCCCAGAAGAUAUUCAACACCUAGCAGGUCGUUUCCUCAACAAUUACCUGUUUGUGGCUGUCGGUGUGGUUGGUGGAGCCAGUACUGAUGUGGAACAAAUAUUCCACCAAGUCACCAAAUAUGAAAAACAGAAUAUGCUUAAGAAGCUCAUAGAAGAGAAUGAUGGCAAACGAAUACUCGUAUUCGUGGAAACAAAGCGCAAUGCCGAUUUCAUAGCGGCCAUGCUGUCGGAGCAGCAGAUGCUGACGUCGUCCAUCCACGGCGACCGCAUGCAGCGCGAGCGCGAGGAGGCGCUGCACAACUUCAAGAGCGGCCGCCACUGCAUCCUCGUCGCCACCGCCGUCGCCGCGCGCGGCCUCGAUAUAAAGAAUGUGGAUAUCGUCGUCAAUUACGAUCUCCCUAAGAGCAUAGACGAGUAUGUGCACAGAAUCGGGAGAACCGGUCGCGUCGGCAAUAGGGGCAUGGCUGUAUCAUUCUUUGAUUCUGAUCAGGAUGUAGCCUUAGUAGCUGAUCUAGCCAAGAUUCUGAGGCAAGCUGAGCAGCCUGUACCAGACUUCUUAAAGGGUGGAGGAACUGCCACUUAUAAGGGCAACAAGUAUGGUGGCAGUGAUAUUAGGAAUUUCAACAAUGCGAGCACAACGGUCGAUCAAGGCCAGGAGCCAGACGAGGAGUGGUAAAUGUGAAGGACAACUUGAUAUUACUCUGUAAUGUUUCCAGUGAUUUUGAUUAUAUUGUACAACAAGUGGUGCGUGUAUAUCUCAUUGGUGCUUGCGGGUUCGAGACUGAGUGUGUGAACAAAAUUUUAAAAUUUAUAUAUAUACAUAAUAUGUGUGACAUAUGUAGAAACAAAUUAUUAUCUGUAAUGUAAUUCAAAAUAUAUUUGUGAUGUAAUAAUUUUAAUUUAAUGUAAUUAUGAUCAUAACAUAAUACAAAAAGCACAUCUCGAAAAUUCGGAAGUAUACUUAUUUCGCGUUCAUCAAAAAUUCUGCUUAUAGACUAAUAUUGAUGUUUGCUAUCGCGUCGUAAUAGUUACGAAAUCAUCCUUAGGUACUGUAGUCAUUAGUCUAAUAGCCAGUUAAUAAUUUGUUUCUAUGGUAAAACUAUCUAUACUAUAUCCCUAAGUCCUAUAGAAGACUGUGUUUUUCUGUGACAAGUAUUGUAGAUUAAGGACUAACACGUAAGUUUUAAUAGCCUUGUAAAGUGCUGUAAUGUUUUUUUUUUCUGUUGCACAACACCUUUGAUUUCAAUGCUUACCAUUUGAUUGUACUUAUUAUGUUAGUUAUUCUUAAAGUUACUGAUGGUAUUGUUUUUAUUUUUUUUAAGUGUGUUGAUUUAAUUUUUUUUAGGUUGUUACAUCCAAUUCGAAAACGUUUAAAAAACAAUCGUACAAUGCGAUAUUUUAUACGAAUCUGUGAUGUUUAAUGUUAAAGUUGCUCAGUUUAAAUUUUAACAUAGUUACACAUAAUGUUAAGUCUAUUUACUGCAGCUUUUGUUUACAAAAUUUUAUACCUGACUCGUUCAAAAGUUCUAUAUUUUAUAUUAUUUAGUUUAAGAGAAUCUCAAUAAAUACUAAACUCGAGACAUAAAGAUGAAACGAAAUGUCCAUAAACUAUUUUCUUAAUGAGAAUAUUUCGUUUCUUAUAUUUUAUUGUACAAAAAGUAAAACAAUAUUUCAAUUAAUCUGUGAUGAUUAUUAUAAGUAGCAUAGUUUGACUUCCAUUACAACUUACCAUAGGUCAUUGUAAUAUUUUUAGUUUACGUGAGAAACGUAUCUUUUCUGUAUGAAAAGAAACAUUUAUAUUGAUCCGAUUAUGCAGGGUAAACCAUCAUAAUAUAUUACAACAUAUAUUUUGUCAGAGUCCUAAAUGAGGACAGAAAUGGUACAAAUGUGUAACUAUGUAUACAUUAUGACUUAAGAUAAAUUUUAGUUUGUAAGAUGCUUGUUUCCUUUUACUUUAUGAAUAAACAACAUAAUUUCAA